CUUUCACUUUUGACUUGUUUCUCAAAAGGGCCCUAUUUGACUAUUUGCAAGUGCCUGACGGUUUUCUUGUCUAAAUUUGACUCGUGUGCAAAAGCAGUUCUGGGUUUGGAUGGAUUUUGGUGAAAUUUGAAUAUAAAGAAAGAAUUACAAUAAUAGAGAAGAUAUGAGAGAUUUGAUUAUGUUGAAAAGGAGAGUGCUAAUAAUUAGAUAUAGAAUAUGAUCAGGAGACUAAGAUGGUUGAUGGGUCGUAACUCACCCAAGAGCCUCCCUAGUAAUGCUAGCCAGCAGAGCUCCGACAUCACUCCUGAGACUCUGCAUGAAGUUGCUAUUUACAUUCAUAGGUUUCAUAAUCUUGACCUUUUCCAACAAGGAUGGUAUCAGAUUAAGAUCUCCAUGAGGUUGGACGACAGUGAGUAUAAGUCUGUAGGAACUCCAGCACGGGUUGUUCAAUACGAAGCUCAUGAACAAGGCUCUAUAGGUGCACAUGGAAUUUGGACAAUUGAUGAUAUUGAUAACAGUUUUUCAACACAACCUUUUUUGAUAAAGUACGCAAAGCAGGAUGUUUAUUUGUCUAUCAUGAUCUCCUUCAUCCUGUCUCUUCAUGCACAUGGGGUUGAGGGUCCACCAACACCGGGUGUUGUUUUGAAGUUUGAACUCAUGUAUACUCCUGCUUUGAAAAAGGGGUCUGAGUUGCAGGGUUCUUUGAGUGCAUGCCCUGCAGCAGUCCAUGAAUUUAGACUUCCUCCUAAAGCGCUUCUGGGGUUGCAUUCUUAUUGCCCUGUACAUUUUGAUGCAUUUCAUUCUGUCCUUGUUGAUACAAGUGUACAUAUUAUUACGGUAAAAGCCUCUUGGACACCCCUCAAGGCAUCAGGGCAAGUGGGUUCUGCAGAUUUUGAACAGAUCUUGCUUAUUAAAGAAUUAGUAGCUGCACAUGACAUACUUCUUGAUGACCUGCGAAAUAUUAGCAGAGCUAUUGACCAAUCAAUUGAAUUGAGUAGUUUUGUUCUUAAUCUGGAAAAUACAAAGUUUGGUUCCCUUAUGCAAUCUAAUAUGGGUGGUGCAGAGGAAGUUCUUGAAGUGUUAAACAAGCCACAAAAUGGGGUCAAGAAAGAAAAUGAUACGGCUAAUCUCCAAAAUGAUGGUUUGCUCCAUUGCUUAUCUCGGGAUGAUAUUUUGGACUUUUUGCAUUUGUUGGGGGACCAAAUUUUGCAUUUGUGGAAUGCAUUUUUGAUGUUUCAUAGGGCUAACAAGACAAAGAUUUUGGAAUUCCUUCAUGAUGUUUGGAAUGAUGGUCGAAGAGCUGAAUGGUCAAUAUGGAUGAUACACACUAAGGUUGAGAGGCCACUUAAUUUUUUGAGCAGUGGGAUCGGUGCACCUUCCCUUCAUGGUCUCCAUGGAAAAUCAUUGAGUCAAUGGAAGUUCUCUGACGAUCCAGUCCAGAGUGCAAUCACACGUGCUGAGCUUCAUCGGCAAAGUAUUGCCCAAAUGAGGAUCAACAAUCGGUCAAUUCAAGAUAUGCAUAUGUAUGAAGAUCCUUUAUCUGUUCCUAUCAUAAUUGUGGAGCAUGUUAGUGACGCACCAUUGCAUAAUCACAAUGGAAAUUCGUGCAUCAGCUAUUUGUACCAGAAAAAUUUGCUGAAAAUACCUACUGGAACUAAAUCUGGAGCUGUGCAAAAAUUAACGGGGUCUAGAUCGCAACCAUGUGGACGUGUUAUGAAAAUAGUUGUCUUUGUACAUGGGUUUCAGGGACAUCAUCUGGAUUUACGGCUUGUUCGUAAUCAAUGGCUUUUAAUAGAUCCGAAGACAGAGUUUCUUAUGUCGGAGGCAAAUGAAGACAAAACUGAUGGGGAUUUCAGAGAGAUGGGGCUAAGGCUAGCACAGGAGGUGGUAUCUUUCACAAAAAGAAAAAUGGACAAGGCCUCCAGAAAUGGAAACUUAAAGAGCCUAAAGCUUAGCUUUGUUGGACAUUCUAUUGGAAAUAUAAUUAUAAGAGCUGCACUGGCAGAGGGCAUCAUGGAACCAUACCUGAGAUACUUGUACACAUAUAUUUCUAUAUCUGGUCCACACUUGGGGUAUAUGUACUGUUCAAACUCAUUAUUUAAUUCUGGGUUGUGGCUCUUGAAGACGCUUAAGGGCACACAGUGCAUUCAUCAGCUUACUUUCUCAGAUGAUCCAGAUCUUAUGAACACAUUCUUAUACAAACUUAGUAAGGAGAGGACACUGGAGAACUUCAAGAAUGUGGUCCUGGUAUCUUCACCACAGGAUGGUUAUGUUCCAUAUCAUUCUGCCAGAAUUGAAAUGUGUCCAACAUCUUUCUUGGACUACUCCAAACGGGGCAAAGUCUUCUGGGAGAUACUGAAUAAUUGCUCGUCCCAGAUACAAGUGCCUUCUACACCGCAACGACUCUUCAUGCGGUGUGAUGUCAGCUUUGAUACUUCUUCUCAUGGCAGGAACCUUAACACCAUUAUUGGAAGAGCUGCACAUGUUGAAUUCCUGGAAUCAGACAAGUAUGCAAAGUUGAUAAUGUGGUCUUUUCCCGAACUGUUUCGUUAACUGACACAGGAACCUGUAUGAAAUACCCAUUCUCUUGAUGCAUCUUCUACGUCCUUAAGGGUACUUUUCAAUGGUCAGAAAGUAGUUAAAUUCAGUUAAAAAGUAUCGGUGGAUCCAACCAAUGAGACAUUUGCAUUCUCAGAAGUAAAUGGCAGGAAUCCUGUCGGUUAGAUCUAUUUUGGCAGUCACGGUCCCCUUUCUUUGAUGUCUUACCCUGAACUAAGGGCACAAAGAACUGCUUCUCCAGUGAACGGCAACAACAUUUUCAAACUGGCACAGGCUAAUACAUGAAGAUGCUGACUACUGUAAAUAAUUGGCUUGAAGGUUCUUCCAAUGAGACAAGUCCUUUUCAGAAUGACAAUUUGGCAUAGUCUGACCUCCAGGUAAGCAGUGUACUUUUCAUUGAUUGUCACAUUUAUGUUGCUCAUACUGAUAUAUGAAGUGGGGAGGUAUGCGCUGAUGAGCCUUGCAAUCUUUUGUAAUUCUAUGUAUAGUAUGAGAAGGUAGUGUACCAUCAUUUUCUAUCUCAGGGGAAAGCAUAGAUUUUUUACAAAGUAAAAUAUGAAUUUGUAUCAGCCAUUCAUUGUAUAUCAUGUUUUAUCCACUGCAAUAUAAACCUGAUACUUGCCAA